GGCGGAAGCCCCAUGGGAAAAGCAAAGGCCGGCAGAGCCAGAUUCGGGUCUGACAGCGCCGCGCCCCCCCCCGGCAUGCGGCCGGCGGGCCGCCGCUGAGGACAGCCCGGCUCCGCCGCUCGGCCUCCGCGGCUCCGCUCGCCCCUGCGCGGCGCUCCGCAUGCUCCAGGCACCAUGGGCGAGACCGCGCCGCCACCAUGACCGCGGAGCCGCUGGCGAGGCUCCCUGCCACCUCCCCCGCGGACCAUGUUCCAUGCCUUUUUUAGAUCUAUCUUUCGGGUUCUGCCACUAUUCCUUGUUCUGUCACCAGUGAAUUCCAGUAGCUGUACAAUGGGAAACAAAACAACUGAAAUCCGUGUGAAGUAUGAGAAUGUACUAAGCCACGACAUCAAGGAGCUGGUAAAUAUGUCUGCAGAGUAUCAUCGUGAUAGGUGCUGCAAGAAUAAAAAACAUGAAAAUGCCAAAGUGUUCUUCUGCAAUGAUACUCAGGAAAUAGAAUCACUACAGAGUAUGGCGUGCAACAUGCUUAAAUUCUUUCAUAAGCAAAAAAUCAGCAAAGAUUUUAGAUGGAAAGCCGCAUUAGUCUCAUGUGGGACGUUACAAGUUCUACAGUGCAAAUGUGAAAGAAAUAAAAAAGAGAAGAUUUGCCCACAGGUAGAUACACAUAAAGAAGAUACAGAAACAGGUGAACACUCAAAAAAGAAAUGUAACCAAGAAUUUUGUGAACUGAAAGAAAAUAUAUCUAGCCUUCGAUCCUGCUGGAAUAAAUUUGAAAAAAUAAUUUCCAGAAUUCUGAUGGAAAGCUACUGUACCUUGUUCCUGGAGACAGAAUAAUGGCUACAGGAAAGCUGCUGAAGUCCAAGAAGUGGAAACAAAAACCACUGUUUGAAUGAAAGAAGUAUAGAGAAGGCCACGUUCUACUUCAUGCUCUGGAAACUACUUCGAAUUUUCUUAUCUUUUGAGUAACUUUACAGUACCUUAAUAUCAAAGCAUACUUAGGUGUCUACUGCAAUUUAAAAAAAUAUCUUAGCAACUGCAGACCAGGAAAACAGUACGAAAAAGUAGCUGGUUUCUUUAUAUCCAUAUAGAACAUAUCAAGGUCCAAAAUGAACGAUUUACUAAAUAAGCAGCAGCUCUUGAGUCUGUUCUGCUGAUGGAAUAAUGCUUUAAGCAUAGCUGGGGUUGCAUUUAAUGGGUUUGCAAACUGAUUCAGGUUUGAAAAAAUAGGGAAAAGGUUAACUUUUAAAAAAACUUGGGAAGGAGUCCUGGCUUUUGAAAGAUGUAGCACGCUUCUACUCGCUGAAGUAGAAGCAAGACAGUGAGGCCUGUGGAAGGAGGGAAAGGGGAUGCCUGAAUGCAAGUUCGUUCAGCUGACUAGAAACAGCACUAGCUUUGUGCAUUUAGGUAUUCUCUAGUUAGCUGAAGGAGUAGCUGGAAUUGCUUACCUUCAGAUUGUGAUUUCUUGUACACGAUUAUUUUAUAUAACGUUUAAUAUGUUAGACGUGACAAAGUUUGUGAAUAUUUUCAGAGAAUAAUAUAUUGGCAUUUAACUAAUAAAGUGUUCAUAUUUAAUUUUGGAUAAAUAGAGGUAUUUUUAUAGUUGUUUAUAACUCUUUUGCAGUUUCUUACUUUGAUAUUAUAACUCCUUUGGUAAUAAAAUAUUUGUCUUCUA